AAAUUAGGCUAUUGAAAAUGAAAAUCUAUGCGAAUACCUUCGGAAUUUAUCGAAAAUUUUCGCGGGAAAUUUAGUGCUUUGUUUACAAAAUAGAAAUCUUUAGGAACACAUUACCCGUAGAAUGCUAAGCAAGUUUCUGUCAUUAUUUAAUUUGGGAAUGCGUGCAUACAAAGUGCAAGAUGUUCGAAGGGAGAGAAGGGUUGGUGUGACAGCAAAGACUUUUAGGGAACUUUUAAAAAAGGGAUGUGAGAAGCUCGAGAUAGAUGAAGAGGAAGUGACAGUGGUACUAGAAGAUGACGGCACAUUGAUAGAUAGUGAUGCAUUCUUUAAGAAGUUACCAGCUCAAACUGUGCUUGUGUUUUUGAAGAAAGGAGAGAAGUGGGGUGGAGCCGGAGCCUUGAUUCACGAUGCGUUAAGUAAACUGUAUAAUGUAACUAAGAAGAACCAGAUAGCUGAUCAGAUACGAGACAUGCUGACUGACGAAGGUUCGCCGGAGAAAGUUCAUAUCAUAUCACAGUACCUGGAGUUGUUAGAGACCGAUCCGGACUCUGAAUAUAGAUACGAGAAUGAAGAUUGGUUUGAAG